AUGACUUCCUUUAACUUUCGGUACGAAAUGGCGCUGGCAAUGGACCAGCUACAGCCGCAACAGCUCAGCGCCAAUGUGUUCUUCGGCCCUCUGAACACUUUGUCCCAAGCAGAGUUUAUUGAGAGUAAGAAUAUUCGGUUUUUCAUCUCGAUCGGGAUACCAAUUCAAAAGGUGGUAGAACACAUGAGGGCGGUGCCUCACCAGAACUAUGUUGCCGCGGUUGUGGAUGAAGAGCACGCGAAAGUCAUGAACGAAAACGCCGAUGUGGCCCUCUUUCGCAAGAUUCACACUGAUAAAAUACAGCAACUCGCCCAUGCGAUUGGGGGUGUCGGUCAUGGCGAUGGCAGCUAUCCAGAGGCGCAGUGCGCGUAUAUGCCGGCGUUUACCACGUGCUCAGCCGAAUUCAAGAGCAACGUUAUUGGGUCGACAGGGCUGACACUAAUGGAACAGUUUAAUGAUCUGCUGACACUCUUCCAGGGAUCACAACUGGGGAAUGUGCUGGUUUAUUCCAGGAACGGCAAUGAUGAUAUGAUGACCACACUACUUGUUUCUAAUAUUCUCAGAACAAACGCCCACAUAAAUCUAUUGGAAGCAUUUAGCUACCUGCGCUCACUCAGGCCAACCGUUUCGGAGCAAGCCAAGGAGGAGUGCUUCUGGAACCCAAGCCUGGUAGCAUAUCAUGAGCGCAUCAGGGCCGAGAUGUUCUGGAAAACUGGGUGCUGCUCACCGCACAAUACGCAAUCAUCUCUAGCCACUGCCGGGGCCAAGCGUCGUAACGAAACCGCGCCAAAUGAAGACGACAUUGGUGUCCACUGUGCAAGCGUUCCAGUUGGGUUGCCUAUGGGAACGGGUAUGUUUCCUCGGAAAAGGUUUGCGGCCAAUAGUACUGCUGAUAAAUGA